UGGUCGGUUCGAGAUCAUCUAAACGAUACCCCAAUACUGCACUCCAUCUUUACGAUCUCUUACCGUGCCCAGCGGCUCCAGAAAUAUCCAUUGUCGCCACCACGCCUCUAGAUACUUCUAUUGUUGCCGCCGACACAUCCAGAACGCCGAAGCCAGUCAAUUCCACUCAUUGUCUACUCUUAUAAGAAAAAGAAGCGUUAAUUUCAGAGACCUCCAGGCAUCUCUCUUCCUUCAAGCUACAACUUAUUCAUCUAUUCCCUCUGUGAAAUUCUCAAAUUGCAUCUAAACCCAUCGCACAGACACUUCACUUCUCCUAGUCGAAGACCUUCUCAACAAGCAGGUUGAGGGAGAUGUAUGCGAAAAAGGGAUAUGAGCUGGUGAAAGAAUUGGCUAGUAGUGAAAAAGGCCAGCUUCAGCCAUUUAAUGAGGAUCUGGUUAAUCAAGUGAUAGAUCAAUGUUCUCAGCACUACCUUGAGCUUCAGGCUUUGAUAAGGAAAAUGCAGGGAGAAAACGUGGAUGUGAGAGAAACUAGAAAUGCAGACCACUACGGGGCACUUAUUCACCACCUUGCUUUAAUUCGCAAUAAGCGCUGCUUAAUGGCGUAUGUGUACAACCGUGCAGAAAUUAUACGUAACUUGGCAUGGAAAGUAGGACUUGAGCUUCUGGAGCUUCCAGAAGAAAUUCAAGAGAAGAUCAGUCACUCAGAGAAAAACUAUUAUGCGAAGCAUUCUGCUGCUCUGCAAUCAUAUAUGGCAGAUGUGGGCAUUGAUUUGAAUGUGGAUAUGGUGCCACCCAAAGAUCCCUACAUUAAGGUGAGAGUCCUUGAUGAUAUGGGUGAAGGGAUACUACUAAGUGAUAAGACGGCCAAUCUUGCCCGCCACUCAAUGCACUUUCUGAAACGAACUGAUGCUGAGCAAUACAUUGCACGGGGUUUGAUGGAAGAGCUUACAGGCUGACCCUAAAGUAGCUGAGCCCCAGAAACAAAUUGAAAGGACCACUUUAUUGCAACAGGAGAAUUUAAGUUCUUGAGUUAUUCUGAUUUUAGCUUGUAAUUGUGUAGAUCUCUUUUGAAAGUAAAAAAGUUUUUGGAUAAUUUGUGCUGUCAUGUAAUAUUCAAAUCUCGCAUUAAUAUUAUAAUAAAAUUUUAUGCUCCAGAUUAUUUAA